AUGCCCACGAUGCUUGACUCCACGCCUCCCGUAAUCACCAAAUUCGUGAACGGAUAUCUCCUCCGCAACGGCCAACUUGUCGAAGGCGACCUCUGGAUCUCUUCUGCCACGGGCCGCAUCCUCGAUAGCCAGUCUACCUUCUACGCCUCUCAUAUCAAGCCCGAUCAGACCAUUGAUCUAGAAGGCAAGAUUCUUUCCCCCGGCUUCAUCGACACUCAACUGAACGGCGGUCAUGGCUUCGACUUCUCCAUCCCGGAGCCCGACUUCGCCACCAAGUUGGCUGACACCAACCGUCGCUUCGCUGCUGCUGGUGUCACCUCUUACCUCCCAACAGUAAUCAGCCAGAAGGCCUCGGUUUAUCAGUCUGUUCUCCCAUAUCUCGGUCCUUCCCGCUCGGAUCGCGAUCCAUCCAACGGCGCCGAAUCACUCGGCGCUCAUGUAGAAGGUCCAUUCCUUGCACCUUGCCGCAAUGGUAUUCACAACAAGUCCAUACUUGUGCGCGCCAAGUCGUGGUCCGAUGUGGAAGAAGUGUAUGGUUCCGACAAUCUCAAUUCCGGCACCAUCCGCAAGGUCACCGCCGCUCCAGAACUUGGCAACAUGACGGCGCUGAUUCCCGAGUUCACCUCUCGCGGCAUCGUCUUCAGCAUGGGCCAUAGUGACGCCGACCUAGCCCAAGCCUCCGACGCCAUUGCCGCUGGUGCCACCAUGGUCACGCACAUGUUCAACGCCAUGCGGCCCUUCGGUCACCGGGACCCCGGCAUCUUCGGUCUGCUUGGCUUUCCACCAUCCCGGCCCGGCACUCCCACCGCCUCCCGUCCCCAAAGUCGGCACAACAGCCACCCACCCUCACCUGCAUUGUCCAGCAAACGCGACACCCCCCGUAGCUCCCUCUCCAUCUCCAGCACCCCGGACGACGACGACUUCUGCGCCAGCCCCACCCAGCAGAAGAAGCGGCCCACACUCCCCUUACCCACCUCCCCCCAACCCUGGUUCGGCCUCAUCUCCGACGGCGUCCACCUCUCACCCGCUUCACUCAAGAUCGCCUACUCGGCCUUCCCCGCCGGCGCCAUCCUCGUCACCGACGCCCUCUCCUUCGCCGGCCUGCCCGACGGCGUCUACAAAUGGACUAACGGCGACGAGGUCGUCAAGAAGGGUCCUGAGAUCCGCGGCAAAGCCAGCGGCCGCCUCGCCGGCGUCGCCGUCAGCCUCAUCGACUGCGUCAACAACUUCCGCGACUUCACCGGCUGCGGCACCGCGGCCGCCCUCGAGGCUGUCACGAGCCACCCGGCGCGCAUGCUGGGCGAGGAUGUCGCGAGCAGGAAGGGCGCCUUGGAUGUCGGUAUGGAUGCUGACCUAGUCAUGCUGAGCGGUGGUGAGGGUGAGGCGUUGAAAGUCGAGGGCGUCUGGAAGUUUGGCGUUAGGGUCGCCUGA